UAUACUUUUAAUUAGUACUUUCAAAAUUAAUAUAAAAAAUAUCAAAUAAUGAUUUACUGAAAUAAAACAAUUACUAUGCGCACGUGGGCAACAAGUGUCAGUGUCAGUCAUGUUGGUCGCAAAGAUGUUCUUGAUGAUUUUGUUUUUCGCGAUGAGUGUCGCAUCGGAAGGGACCAACUAUUCGUAUCCUUUGCGCGUACUUCGAUCAUCCGAUGACACGAUGCAGGAAGAAGUCGAGUACUUCGAGCAGUGCGGUUUCGUGAACUUGUGGAAGGAACACCUCGGUCGAGUAAGCGUGCUGACCUUUUUGGAUCCUACCUGGCAGUAUAGCUUCAGACAGGCCGUCAUGCUGAAGCUAUUGAGCUCGCGCUUGCGGAAAUCCGGUUUCCCGGAUAUCCGGUUUUUCGUGAUAGCACCGCUGCACGACUUGACGGAGGACAAGACCGAGGACGAUGAUGAGAUCGAAACGUGGCGCGAAAUCGCGGCGAUGUUUGGAGAAGACCCCGACAUCAAUGACUUCCUUACCACCAAGGACAACGAACCGGAAAUAAUCUACCUUGAAGACGAGUUUCGUAUUUGGGAGAGGUUUCGUGCGUCCAAAAAUCAAGUGGUCAUCAUCGAUCGAUGCGGGCAAUUAACGUAUCACGUGAUGGUACCCUGGAGCAUUUUAUAUUUUCCUUACGUAAAAGCGGCUAUUCUGUCCACGUAUAAGGAAGACCCCUGUGGUGGAUGCGAUCCCACCAAGUAUCAAGCCUUAAAUCACGAAGAUUAUUUCUCGGAUUUGAAAAGCACCACUCUUAAAAAAGUGGAUCCACUUGAAAUCGAUGAUAAUAUCGACACUGAUUUAUUCUGGACCACCGAACAAUCUUCGAAGAACGAUAGCAUUCUUGAGGAAUCACUGACAGAUAAAAACGAAACGAAUACCAUAUCUCCCAUUAUCUCCGACAAAAUAACACACGAUAGCGAUGACCCUCUGAAAUUCUUCAAUAUGACGAAUGCAUCGGUGGUGUCCGAAAAUGUAACUUAUGGAUAUGAUAAUGUUACGAUAGAGUCUUCUCCUGACGAGGAUCCGAAAGAAACGUCGAGACGAGAGGACAGUUCGACGACUUCGGAGAAAGAUGCAACCUCCGCGACACUGGACCUACAACAGGAAGUUUCUCCGACACAAGAUGAAUCUGCGUCGAUGAGCGAUAAUUCUAUCAGCGGGGAAAUAAAAAACGAAUCGACGACUAACGAAGUAAAAGACGAGUUCAUUUCCACGACAGAGACGACGACUGCAGAUAUCGUUGCGGAAGACGACGAAAUUCCAGACAGAGGUAAAAAUACCGAAGCGGAGUUAUCGUUGCACGUAAUUAUGCGCGCGCCGCAUGUGCACGGAAAUGGAAGAAAGACGAGGAAGCACACAUAUUUAAUGCUAAAGAUCGGCGAUCCCGAUUUUCACGAACAUCCGGACGCCGGAAUCGACGCUACAUCAUCUACAACUUUGUGGCGGGACACCGAUCCUCAAGUCGCAAACUCGGAAAAUAACGAUUCAGAAACAACGGAAAUGAAUGAACAGAACACCGAUCGGAUAUAUACAUUCGAUAAGGACGAAAGUCCGGGAUUGUACGGAGAAAUAGCGGACUAUUGGAGAGAUAACAACAGCGAUGCUGAUAGCAAUGAGUCACUUGACAACGACACUCAUAAUAAUUCUACGACGAGUUAUAACGAAAAACAUCAUACCAAUGUCAGCGGCCAAGCAACGACUUCCUCAGAGUCAUCAGAGACAGAUGAAAACUACUCAACUACAAAUGUUACAACAAAUAUUAACAACUCUACUAAUUCACAGAAUACCGUUAGAGUAGACAAGACUGAUUCUUCCGAAUCGAUUAGUGGAAAUAAUGAGAAUAAUAAGGAAGAAAUGCGAAAUAAUCUAAUUAAACAUUAUAAUAAACUUUUAUCUUGGAUUGGUUAUAGAUUAAUUAGAUAAAUCUUUACGUGUUUAAAAAUCUGAUUAAUAAAAAUGCAUAUUCAUUAUA